AUGAAGGAUAUUGCUGUUUCAAUAGUUUCAUCUGAACUUCUCUUUCCUUUUAUAGUAUUGGGCUAGUCUCCUCUUUACCCAAUAUAUUUCUUUCCCGGUCAAACCUACAAAGUUUACGGUUUCAGCUUUUCUAUAUUAAUAAUAAAUCUUGUUCAAUCUUGUUUUUUUCUAUUCUUUGAUUUUAACUUUUUGAACAGCUAUUUCAUUAUUUUCCCUUCGUAAAUUUUUUUAAAAAUUUUUAGUUUAGGCCUUAUUUUUUUAUCAAUAAUGGCGCAAAAAUACACUUUCGAAAAAAAAAAUCUUGGCUUCAAUUGAAACUUUUUUGAGCUGCCUUUUUUCCUUUUUCUUGGCCACACAUACAAUGCUUGCAAAGAACUUUCUUAAAAACGCCCCCGACCCAAAACUACUAGCGCCUCAAGGCAUCAGGAAGUGUGAGAGAUCAUUUUUGGCGAAUGAAGGAUAUAUCACCAUUUUCUGAGUCAAUUUUCGAUGUUUUUUAACUUCCAGAAAUAUUCAAAUUUUCUAAGUUUGAAUAAAUUAUGUUGAGCUUGUAUCAAUAGGAAGAAUAAUUAUGAAAACUUAAAUUUUCAACGAGUUUUAUCUAACCAUAAGUGAACAUUUUCCCUUGGUCUUUCAAAUUUAUCAUUACGAUUGAUUUUUUAGUUGAACUAAGAAUUAUGUAAAAAAUUGAAAAUAUGUUAAGAUUUUGCAGGCGAACCACAUCCGAGAAGGACACGCGGGCAAUUCGGCCCUUUAUAGGUUGGCCAACACGAAAGCGGCCUUCCAAGUGCUUUGCAAGCCCUGUCAGGAAGUGUUGUCGAGGUAAGCAAGUGGCUAAGCGGCUUGAUCGCUGUGAAAAGGGUCGAGAGUUCGACUCCUCGCGGCGCUUUUGAUGUUUGGCAUGGGUUUUUCAUAGCUUUUUGUGGAAGAAAAAAACUCUUAAUUUAAAAAGCCUCUCUGAAACUCGAAAAAUAGUUAUUUUCUGUUAUAAAAUCAUAUUUUUUUGAAGGAGCGAAUGUUGAAAUUAUUCAUGUAACAUUAAGAGGAUGAAAUUAUGUGAUUACAAUGAGAUUGGGAAAAGAGUAAUACGGAAUCAUAUUAAACUAAAUAAUUUAAGUAUCGCGCAGCCGUUUCGGGUCUAUAAAAAUGGACGGCUUAGUUUUUUGUUAAAUUUUCAUGAUAAGGAUUGUUCGAUGUUGAAAGGGUCGAUGGUUCGAUUUCUCUUGUUGUUUUUUUGCUGAGGUCUCUGAACUAAUGUUUUUCGAUCAUUGCAAUAAGCCCUUUUUGUAAUAUUUAAGCUUGCGAAUUUUAAUUUUUCAAUCUGAUGGUAGUGAAUUUAUUAAACUUUGAGCCUCCAUAUCUCAAAUUGAUUUCAAUAUUUUAACAAGUUCUCCACAGCUUUAUACUCACCGCUUCCAGGGCUAUCAAAUGAAUUCAGUUUUGUUUGAUAAAAAAUAUUUUUCAGUACCCAAGCCCUUCGAGAACACUGUGACUCUGUGGCUCAUAGGACUCAAUUGAGGCAGCCGAUCGUCGUCUUUUCAUGCAAAUUGUGCCCUUUCGAAACCAACACCACUUCUGAAGCCACUGGUGGGUUUAUUUUACUUUUUUUUUACUAUUAGAAUAAUGAAUUUCGUUGAGAAAUUCGGAGAAAAAUGGGGAAAAAUUGGAAAUUUCCUUUUUGAGUUUGAACAUGUUUUAUUUCAUCAACGAAGCUUUUGAAUCUUAGCAUACCCUUAAAGCUUUUCACACACUAAUUUCUCUUUUUUAUCGCCUGAAAUCGCUCAAAACAGCUCAACAAUACACUAGCAAAAUCUUAUUGUUUUAUUCAGUACAAAUGCGUCCCUUGAAACAGCGAAAAUUCAUAAAUAUCCUUUCUUCCAAGGCCCACAAAAUCUCUCAUCAACAGAGCACAAAACGCACUUCCAACUGGCUACUCUUUCUAAGACUUUUGAAAGUCUUUGAUUCGUUUUAUUUUUCAUUAGAUCACGCCAUUUUACAAAACAUGUCUUCCCUGUUAUAAAUGUUUUUUUUUUAUCGAAGGAGCGCGAUUUCAAGAUUUCGAGACGAUUUUUUUCUUCAGAUUUUCAGAAAUUUAGAUUUUUUUCCGGUUUAUUGAUUCAUUUCACAGAAAAAAACUUCUCUCUGUUAAAAAAAAACUCCAAAUCAUCGAAGUGAAUCUUCCAAGAGACUUUUUUUCACUUUAAGACGGUUCUCGUCUUCCCAUUGACCAUGAAAUUAACAAUCUUCAUGAACCCACUAAAAAUAUUCAUGUCAAAUCGAUGAUGAUGCCCGUGCGAGGCCAUUAAUGACAUGAAAACGACCCCGAAACAGCCGAAGAAAAAAAAAGAAAUGAAAAGAAAUGAGCCGAUGAGUGAGAAGGGGGAAAAGAUUAAUUCGGAAUAAAAUUAUUGGUCUAUCCAAAUGAGCGGCGGCGGCGGCGACGGACGCGUUCCGUUUUGGUCUCUGUCUAUAAAACCGCGUCAAGGACAGUUUCAGUGCAAAAGAAGAGAGAAGGAGAGAGAAAGAGACCUGUUCAAGUGGCUCAUCAUAAACAAUGCUCCAAAAUCCCCAAGCAAGGACACACGCAAAACCAUCUUGACCGUAAUUAAGUGUGUUACAAUUGCGCCCCCAUCGCCGCACUUUUUCAAGAGUCUUUUGCCGUCCCCUCCACACCCAGAAUUUUGUUUCGAGAGUUCAAACUGUUGAAUUAUUGAUUUUUCCAGUCAAUGCGAGUUUGGGGUUUGUAAAGAAACAAAACUUUGCUUUUUCUUCAAAAAUUCGGUCAGGAAAUCCUUGUACUAGAUGGAGGAACAUAGUUCUGCAAACCUCUCUUGAAUCAAGUUUUCAGAGAAGUUUUUCAAAAUGCGAUACUUCUGAUUUAUCGAUUUUUUUCAGUCCAGUAGAAAGUUGAAACAAAGGUAACUUUACUUCUUCACAAAAAAUUUUCUGAUGGAAGAUCUUGAGAAUAAUUUUUGUAGGUGGAGACUCUCAGGAUCUUGAUUCAAAGUUUUAAAAUUCUUUUUCUUCCUGAAAACUGAUCUCAAACGAUUCAUUUUUUGAGUUUUCAGAGGGACUUCCCGAAAAAACUCAAGCUAUCGAGUAAAAAGAAAGUCAAGAGGAAGUUCAGACCUUUUCCAGAUAAGAAAAUGAAAAAAGAUUCUGAGGGUGCUGAAAAAAUAUGAGGAUAUUAGGGAAAUUUCUACGCUCUGUUGAUAAGAAACUGCGGAGAAAAAGCAUUCCGAAACGACCGCGAAAAUCUUGUUUCUUCGAAAUACCUGUCAACUUCUGACUUCCCAGGUUUCAAACAUUUUUUACUUAUGGUAGCUGAAAUAAGAGCACCUUUAUCAAUAGAGCAAACUUGCUGAAAGGAGCAAUUUACAAAACUGUGUAAAAUGUCGAAAGUGGCCGCUAAUGACAGUUUUGCCUGUUAAAAACAAUAUAGCUGAGCAGAUUUGAUAAAAAAAUGACAUUUAUCGAAAAAUUGUGUCGGGAAACAUUAAAGCUUCCAACGUGUCCCAGACGGACCACCGUUAAUGGGUUCGCUGAUGAAUCAGCAGAGUAAAAAGAGGAAAAGAAAAUACGUCGGCCACGGCUUUCCUCAGCUCCCCACACUGUUUUAAUGAUUUUUUUUUCCUUAUUUUACUGAUUUUUGUUGGAAAAUUCGGUCGGGUCUUUAUGAUGAGUGUUUUUUUCUAUUUUUCAAAUUUCGAAAAGGUUUUUGGGCAUUUUUAGAUGUUAAAGUACAUAUUUAUUCAUAAUAUGAGCAGUUAUUAAGUCUGAUUCUUGAAAAAAAAGUCAAUAUAUAGGAAAAAAUAUUUUCUACUCUAUUUUUCUGUUUUUUGCCUAAAAUGCUUUCAAUUCUUGUUUUGAAAUCAACAUAUUGCAAUUUAAAGGCAUAAAAAAGCUUGGAAAAGGACCCACAAUUUCACAAAAAUGAGAAAUCUCCUUUUUUGGUCGACUAUAUUCGAUUUGUCGGAAUUUUUAAACUAACCAAAAUCAAGAAUUGUAGGCGUUUUAGUGACAUUUAACUGGAAUAUUUUGAAAAACUGAAAAAAGGCCGAUAUAAAAAAGAGCGGCUUUUCCAUCAUGCCAUUUGUCAGGUUUUCCUUCAAUAAUUCUCAAAUUUUCAGCACAUAUGACGUGCCACGAACCGUCUACUUGGCCCAGGGAGCAGAUCGGUGAGUCUUCCAUUCAGUUUCCGGAAAAAAUAGCGAUUUGA